UUUUUCGAAAAAAAGUUACUUUAUAACAGCUGAAAAGAGGCUGGAACCCAUGCAAAGACUUAAAUAUCAUCAGUUAUCAAAGUCCUUCAAAUCAGUGAUAACUGUAAUUCACCUAGUACAUUUUCUGAAGAACGAUUUAGUGUUUUUGGAAUAAAUUUAUCGGUUAACACGUACUGAAAACAACAUAAUGGUUGUAAGUAACGAUACUGAAUUACCAACUUAUGAAGAGUUGACAGUUGAAGAGGUACCAAUUAGUACUCCAGGUCUUCGAGCUGCUGCUCAUCAUUUAGGUAAAUAUUGUCUGGAUGUUAAUGAUGAUUUCAUGAUGUGUAAACAAGAAAAUAAUGAUCCUCGAAAAUGCAUAGCAGAAGGAAAAGCAGUAACCAGUUGUGCUCUUAAAUUUUUUAGACAACUAAAAGGUAGUUGUUAUGAUGAGUUCCAAAUAUAUAGUAAUUGUAUUGACAAAUCGAGCAGUCGUCUUGAUUUUGAACCAUGUCGUCAAACUCAAGCUGUAUAUGAUAAAUGUGUAUUUGAAAAAAUGGGUAUUGAAAGACCCGAGCAUGGAUUUUUCUGCAAAGCUCGAGUUUAUACUGGUAGCCAGCCUAAACCACCUCCAGAAGAACCACAAGUUUUUGGAGACUUACCUUAUGGUAUCAAAGAUUUCAAAGAAGAAGAAAGACCACCUGCAAAAUAUGGAUUACGUUAUUGGUGGGUCAAGUAAUUUGGAUGUUCAUUAUGCAUCAAAAAUUCAAUGUUAUUAGUGUUCUUAAUUUUAAUAAAAAGGAAAAAAAUUGAUUACGUAAUUACUUUGCAAUUUCAUUUGGUAGAAAUUUAUAACAUAAAUUAAAAUUAUAAUUAUUAUUAGAAUUGUA